GAAAGGGUGUCCGUAGUUGCGCUGAGAGUACAAAAUUCCUUGAAUUAUCGAUGUUUGGCCACAGUAGUUUGAGAUCUGUUUCCUCUGGGGGAUAUUAAAUGAUCUGACCUCAGUGUGGAAAAUUUUACAGCGAUCUACACUCAUUAUCUUUGAGAGGAACAAAGGAAUUAUUAUUUGUGUACAUGUUGCUACCUGAACUGACCGAGGUCAGGUGUCAAAUCGGACAUUACUCAGCGUGAUCGGAGAAGAGAGACCUGCCUCGAAGUUAAAUUAUUUGACACGAAGACAACUUACACUAUUCGUUGAAAUUAUCCAGUUCUUGCUGCACCCGGCCCUAAACCGGAACCGUCAACUCACAAAAAUAACUGUUUCUGACCACAUUAAGUUAAAAUUAUGACUUCAGCAGUCGAUGAUAUCGAUAGAUUCAUUGCUGAUCAGAAGAGUAAACUUGCACAGGAACGUCAACAACUUAAUGGUGGUCUACCGCCUCAGGCAUCAUCCAGAGCAGGCGGCCAUCCUACACGUUCAAAAGAACCACAUUUUUCGACGAAAGGAGGAGCUCUAUCACCACGUCCUGUACCCCGGGGAAGUUACGACCGAGUGCGCAACCAGCUUAACGAGGAAAGGAGAAAGGAGUAUAAUCACUUAUUACAGGAGAGAAAAUUAGGAGGAGGAGGCAAAAUGGACGAGGGCGCUAGUCUGCCCAUCAAAGACAGACACUCAGCCAAGACGAGGGCAAUGAUUCAACGCAACCAAGAAUACAAUGAUUUCAUUCGACAGAAAGAAGAACGAGAAAGGCGACAGAAAGCUCUAAGAUUCGGUGGCAGUCGUGUAAUGAGUGAGCCGGACGUUUCACCGAAAGCUAUUGAUAGCAUGGUUGGUCCUGAUGCACCCAUAUACCCACCGCAGAAUGUUCGCGAUUCCCACGACGAUCAUAAUGUUGAUUAUCGUAAACGAAUGAAAGAUGAAUCUUCACAGACUCAGUCAUCACAGCCGUAUUACGACAAUCGUGGUCCUCCGCCUGCGAGAGGUGGAGAUAUGACUUUUGGGGAAAGGCCCUUGCCUCCUCGGCAGGGUUGGAGAACACCUGUGGAUAACUAUGAUGAACUGUUAAGGAGGAAACGAGAAGAAGAAGCGAGAUACAGGCGACAUCAAGAGGAACCAUACUAUGGACGAUCUAGUUCUAUGAGGCCUGCAUUCAGUGACUCGCAUUUAGCGAGGUCUUACGAUGAGGAUGAAAAACUGACCAGUCGUAAAAUGGAUCACCUGGAUCAGGAGUAUGAUACACGGAAAGUUCGUUUCCGGGAUGAAGCUAUAAGGCAAGGAGCUAUUAGUAGCAGUGAUGUUCCAGACAGAGCUAGGUAUGACAACAGAGCCCCAUAUAACUGGGGUGAAAGUUCAUCAGGUCGAAGGAGAAGUCUGGAAGAAGCGGAUAGUAGGCCACCAUACAGGGGUGCACCAACAAGAGGUGGUGCCCGAUCAGCACCCAUAGAUGAUGAUGGUCUUGGAUUAAAACUAGGUGAGCGUGAUUCUCAAAGUGCAGCUCAAAGGAAGAAAGAAGCUUAUCGAAGAGAUUUAGAACAGCAAAUUGCUGAAGCCAGAGAAGCAAAACGAAGAGAAAAACAACGGGAAAGAAAUGCUGAAUUGUCAGUGAAUGCAUCGGGUGAAAGAGACCCAGAAAAGUUUGCUGAUCGUUUAAAGAAUCUUCCUCCACAAGAAAGUAAACCUCGCUUUGACCCAAUUAAUCAUGCAGCUGUGCAGGAGAAACCAAACUAUGCCAGAGCACAACCAAGAACAUCGUCACUUCUUGAACAACCACUAGAUCUUGGGUCGUAUCCGACCAGUCAGCUUAAUCCUAAUGAUCCCUAUGUGUAUUACGGACUGAGAGAUCCACUAGAUCCAGAAACGGCUAAAACAGAUAACAAGUACCCUCCUCCACCCACAUGGUUACAAGGUAGCACUGCACCCAAUAUGCAGCAACUCUUACUGCAGCAACAACAGCAACUCCAAGCACAGCAACAGCUUUUCCAACAAACCAAGCAACUAAUGCCCGAUGCUGGCAAACUAGGAGGGGGUCCACCUAUAGGAAUGGCCUAUGGUCAGCAGGGUGUUAUUCCAGGUACUGUUCCUAUGGUACCUGCUGGCUCAGGUAUUGUGGGAGGUGUACCAGGUGGGCUAUCAGGUGGUCUACCAGGUGGAAUCCUCAACCCAAGAGGACCAGAACUAACCAGACAGGACACUGCAAUAUUACGUGGUGAGAGUGCCAUUAUUAAUUAUGUCGGUGAUGAGCAGCUUAGCCCUCGCCACCAGCAGGAUCCAAAGUCAUACCAGCAAGAACUGUUAGAACAGAUGAGGGAAAGAGAGCUGAAAAGGAAAAAGGAGAAGGAAGAAGAGGAUCGAUAUAAUAGAAAACUAGAAGCAGAAGCCAGGUCGUAUGAUCCAUGGGGUAAAGGGGGUGGAGGUGCUCCAAUGAAGGAUGUGAAAGGAAAUAUAGUUGCUGAUCUAAGGCAACUACAUAACAUUAAUGAAGGUGUCAGUGGGAGUGGCACUGGUCAACUCUACUCUGAUGUCCCUCUCCCCAAUGUAUCACCACGACCUUCUUACAAUCCAGGCAUUAACGGGCAAUCUGAACAACCACCAACACUAGAGCUUUCAGCUGCGUUUGCUGAUGCAUCAAAGCCAACGUUUGCAAGAGGAAAUGUCUGGAAUCUUGAGAAUGAAGACCCGAAUAAGAUUGCUCAAGGUAAAACUGCUCAAGACUCGUACAAAGACUAUUUACAGCAGCAGGUUGACGAAAAGAGGAGACGAGACGCCGAAGAGAAGGAGAAAAUUCGGCUGGAAGAAGAGCGAGAAGAGAAGCGCCUACAAGCUGAAAGAGAGAAGAUGCAGAAGGAGUUUGAGGAGGAGCAAGAACGACAGAGAAGGAAAGAGGAAGAGGCUCGUCUUAGAAACGAGCAGCUAAUCUUGGCUGCUGAGGAUAAAAGGAAAGAAAUAGAGAGACAGAGACGAGAAGAGGAAAAUCGGCGACUAGAAGAAAUGAGAAGGAAUGAGGAUGAAGAGAGGCAGAAAAAGUAUGCAGAGAAUGCAGCCAGGGUAGCUUCCCCACCAAUCCCGACCCUGCGCAAUAAGGCUGAAGAGUUUGACGAAAUACCUGUGCAUGUCGAUAAGAGUGUGACUCCCGAGACAGUGUAUAACCCAAGGAAUGGUCGGCUGACCAACUCGCCCCCGAUACCAUCUUCGAGAUCGCGUGUUGGUGACAACAAAGAUGUAAUUCAUGCACUGUCAGCAAUGAGACGUCAAUUACACAGUGAGCAGAAGCGUAUACAACAACAGCUGGAAAAUAGAGAAUACGAUGCAUACGACCCAGUUCCUGGUGCAAGAUACCGAAAACGAACGCCGCAGGUGGACGUCUUUGAGAUGGCAAGAAACAAAGAAGCGGUGUAUCCAAGGAGAACGUCAACAGAGCCUGCCAAUACUAAUACAGUUGCUGAGUUUACUGAACUUAAACAUAGAAAUGGAAAGUCACGUCAAGAGUUCCGGUCGCUGUACCCUGAACACCCUAACAGUAACUCCACACUUGAAACACAACAAAAUGCACUGAUACAACAGCAGGAAGAAAAACUGAACGCCAUUCGAAGAGGUCGAAUAACUACUGCGCAAGAUAUGCCAAGUAUGCGGCCGUUAGAUUUGGGUUUGGGGAGAGAGUCCCCUUCUAUGCCUCUGCCAUCAGAGAGUGCAUUUGUGAAUGCUAACACAGGAGAGACAGAGAUUCCCAGCCCUCUUGGCUAUAAGCCAUCAUCAGCUCGGCAACGAAGACGAGCCAGAGACAUUCCUUCCCCAAGUCUUAAGCAAGCUGACCCACUGGGCUCUGUGACGAGUUUCGAUGUUGACGCCUUGGCAAGUAAAAACAAGGAAAGGUUACGAAAACUCAAGCAGUUGGAAGUUGAUGGCGACUCAUUAGCAGAUCCUGACGAAGUGUUAAAGAGAUUUAUGGCAAAGACAAGUCACGAUAGACCUGUUUCGGCUACCAGCCAAGAUGCCUGGCUACGACCCAGUGCCACAGAUGCUUACUGAGUAACAAAUUCACUAGAGGUCAUGUGAUGUGAACUAGUCAUGUUUUAGCUUGACUACCUGUAAUUGGUUAUGACAGAUCAUGUGAUAUUUUCAAAAUUUGCAAAAAUUAGCAUAGCGUACCCAGUUUUACAACCAAAGAUAACUCUUCCAUUGAGAAAUGUACAUUGUACUCAACAUUCGCCAUAGAUGGCAGACUCCAGUCAAGAUGAACAACAGUUGAUUUGCUUAUGGCUAGUAGAGGAAUUGAUACUUAUGAAUCUACCUAUAUACGCAUAGCGCUCCAUUCUACAAUCUGGAGAAACUGGAUUAGAGCAGUUGCAAAUUUUGUGUGUGAAACAGACCUGAACAUUUCUGUUGCACGUAUGAGACGACUUUGCCAGGAUCAUUUUAUUUACAAUAUGCGUAGAUGCCACAUAGCGACGAAAGAAAUGUUGUUGAACACCCUGUGAACAGUCCAUAGUGUUACCAGCAAUGCAUCAGUGUAUAUCCUUCACCGCAAAUACACUGAAAAAAUCUGGUUAUCCAGAUUAAACCAAAUAACUGAAAUGUAUUCAUGAGAAAACUUUAACUUUUAACACAUAUAUUUUUAUUAUUUUUCUGUUGUUUAAUUGAAUGUUUAUUUUAAUAGCUUAUACAUUCCAACUUGUUUUAAUAUUUUAUAAAAAGUUCAGUGUGUAGUUUGAUUCUACUUAAUAUUUAACAUGAGUCAAUGCUAAGCUACUUAAAAGGUUGCAUUUGAUUGGCUACCCAACCCUAAAACCAAAUAGUUAGACCAAUCAGAGAGCAGCUUAUUUGUUGACAGGUUUGUAUAUAUGCUUUGACUCAACAGAGAAAAUAUAUCUGAUUUACAUAGGUACUUAGAAUUCUUUUUAUAAAAACAAAGACUAUAAGUGAACAGGACUGGAAAGGGUUUGCUUUAAACAGGUUGUACUGUACUUAGGUGCAAAAGAAAAAAUUUGUAAUUAGAAGAAAAAAAAUAUGAGCUGUUGGAAUUAUUUAUUUGUUCUGAACAUAGGAUUUUUUUUUUAAAUGUGUGAUGGUAAAAGUCACAUGAUUUUGUACUGUGUGAUGUUGCAAGGAACAGAGACCACUUUAAAAAAUUGUAUACCGAUAUGAUUGCUGUUUGGAUGAUAAUCACACAAGUGUUGAAAAUAUAUAUGUUGACAUGUUGAAUAACUAUUCAAUAUUGUAACUUAUAGAAAUGGAGAAGCUGCCAUCCAUUAGGUUUCAGCGCCCUCAUCAGUCAAAGUAAAAAUAUACUGCUGUUUAUGUUUGAGUACUGGUAUAUUUUUUACAGGAAUAAGGUUUAAAGUGCGACAACCUUUUUUUAUAUUUAUGUAAAUAUUUUGUAAAUAAUUGUAAAAUAUGCAACAUUUUCCUUACUGGUUGUAGCAUCAGUAAAAAUUCUGUUCCAAAUGGCAUUCUUACUGAUAUGGCAAACCCAAAUUGUUUGACAUUUAUAAAACAACUGAAUAAGAAGUCUACCUUUCACUACUUAGAGUAUAUACAUAUUAGGUUUGUUACCUCGUCUCAUCGAUGUCAAACUAUUCUUAGUUAAUUUGCAUUAUGUUACAUUUCCUGGAGCAUUUUUUUGUUGGUUAUGCCACCACAUUUGUUUUCGACUUAAUAUAUACAGUGAUGAAAUUGUGGACAUUUUUUUGUAUCACUUCUCUAUUUUUUG